AUGGCUUCGCCCGGGGACCAGAACGCGCAGCAGGGGGGCGAGGCUGCCGUACGCAGACUUCCGGAGUCCGUCCGUUCGCGGCUGAGCGGGGCGAACAUCGCGUCGUUCGCGCACGCCGUCCAGGAGGUAGUCCUCAACGCGGUGGAGUCCGGAGCCCGUGAAAUCCACGUAGAGAUGGACGAGCGCGCGUCGCGCAUGUCGUUCCUCGUUCGAGACGACGGCUGCGGGAUCGCCGAGCCGGACAUGGCCCUCGUGGGCGCCCCGCACUCGUCGUCCAAGGACCCCGGCCUGGGCUACGCUGGCAACUCUCUCGCGGGCAUCGCGCAGGUGUCUGUGCUCGAAGUUUCGUCGCGCAGGUCCGGCGCGUGGGUACCUACUAUAUCAAAGACGCUGGCUGCGGGGUCGGAGGUGGCCACCGGGCUCGCGAAGAAGCAGAAGGCGUCCAGUGGCACAACGGUGUCUGUUCGAGACCUCUUCUUCAACAUGCCGGUGCGUCGGAAGCAGCACGCCGACGCGCGGGCGCAGAGCGACGGUCUCCGGGAGUGGCUGCUCGCCCUAGCUGCGGCACACCCGCCCCUCGGAAUCAGCCUGUACGACGCUGCAGCUUCAAAGCAGCUUCUUCAAAUCAAGCCCGGGCGCUCGCGAGAGGCGACGGAACAGCUCCUCUUUGGCGACAGGAAGACCGUGAGGUUCAGCGCGUCGGCCAGCGUGAACGGCGGCGACCUCCUCGUCACCGGCUGCGCUGUUGAGGCGCCGCACGGCGCAACGAGCAGGGCUGCCCAGCACGUCUACGUAAACCAAAGGCCCGUGAGGGCGCCCGACGUGGCGCGCCUGGUCGGCAAGCUCUUCAGCGCCUGCAUCGACAGCUUCGUGCAAUACUACCGCAUCGAGCACCCCGCCGCAUCUGGAGCCGCGCGCUACCCGGCCUACUGCGCGUUCAUUCGCUGCCCGCCGAGCUGCGUGGACGUCGUCAACAGCGACACCCGCGUGUACGCGGAGGCGAGGUUUCUCAGCGACGUCCGGCCCGCGCUGCACGCCGCCGUGCAGCACGCGUUCGUCGAGCAAGCGUGGGCCCGAGUCGCGCCCGCCGCUCUCCUCCGCGAGACGCGCGACCGCGCCCCCGGCUCCGCCCCGCACGACAGCGCGCAGGCCAUGUCCAUCAGCGGCCACGGGGGCCUCGAGAGCCUCGCCGGGGGCGCUGCUGAGGCCUCGAGCGAGCUGGCUGGCACGCUGCUGCAGCCAGCGCCGCGACCGAGCUCCCCCGCGGCACGGCCGUCUCGCAAGCGCCGCAGGCGCCCGCUCGAGGUGUCGCAGGCGUGGCAGCCUGGCGAACAGAACGCGGGCGCCGACGCGCUGCGCGACCCGGGCGCAGCUGCGUUCGAACUCCGCAGGCUGCGCAACCCUUCCUCGCAAGCGAUCGACGCGGGCCGGCCGCACCCGACGACCGUCGCGACCGUAGCGGGCUGGCGACAGGUGCACGCGUCGAGCGGCGCCGGCACCCACAAAGCACGCAAUCCCGCCUCAGCGCCUGCUGCCCCUGCUGCGCGUUCCGACGUCCUCGCUGGGCUCCUCACGGGCUGGCACGACGUCGGACGCGGCGUCCGGGAUCCACCGAUUCGCGACGCAGCGUCCCUGGCGCGCGCUGCAGCUGCGCCGGCCGCGGCGUCGCGCCCCGUGGAGCGGGCGCAGCUUGCGCAGCUGGAGGCGCUCGGGCAGCUGGACGACAAGUUCAUCGUCGCUGCGGGCGGGGGCGUGGUGUGUGUGGUGGACCAGCACGCAGCCGACGAGCGGGUCCGACUCGAGGAGCUGCAGGACGCCGUGCUGGGGCCCGGGGGCGUGCCGAAAGACCGGCAGGUGUUCCGGCCGCCGGUGCCGUCGAUCAUCGAGGUGACGCAGCAGGAGUGGCACCUUCUCCAGGAGCACGACGACGCCGUGCGGCGCUGGGGCUGGGACUGGUCGGCGCAGCAAAGCAGCGCCGAAGCAGGCCACCGGACGGUCAGCCUCUCGGGGCUUCCGCGCGUCGCGGGGCAGGUCCUCGGCGGCACGCACCUGCUCCUGUACCUGCACGAGCUCGCUGCGUCGAGUGCGCGCGCUGUGCCGCCCGGCGUGAAGCAGGCGCUCGACAGCCGCGCGUGCCGCACUGCCAUCAUGUUCGGCGACCGCCUGAGCCGCGCAGAGUGCGCAGCGGUGCUCGGGGGGCUCAAGACGUGCCGGCAGUGGACGAUCUGCGCGCACGGAAGGUGCGUCAUGGGUUUGACUGAUCGCAUGUGUCAUAGCGCUCUCGACAACGCUGUCUGA